AUGAAUAUUGUGGAGUUAGUUGUUAUAGAAACAAUGGGUUAUUAUAGUAACAAAGAGUAUCACUGGGUCAGAGUAGCACUGGGUUGUCAUAGUAACACUUGGUUGUCACAUCAACAUAGAGGGGUCGCCACAUCAACGUACGUCUCCUCAGAUGAGCAUAACUCUCUUCAUAAUAAUAUAAAUAUUCUUACUACAAUUCAACUAUUAUCAUAA